AUGGCUGAACACUCAAACAGCUUAGUCAGAAGAAACGAGCCUGUCCUUGACUUUAUUUCUGCGGUUAAAGGACUUCAUGGGCAAAGCCUUCAGGAGCUGGGGAGGCUAAUCAGGGAGGCAGAAAAUAAUAUAAUUCGGUUAACAACUAAUUGUGGAUUGCACGUACAGAUAGGGGUAGAUAGGCUCGUUAGGUUUCUUGCUUUGCACCUCAUUGCAACAAUUAAGCACUGGAGAGGUGACGUAGCACUAUUUAGAUACUUGUUGUCUGGGUUCCAGUUACUGCAUUCCUUGUGCUAUUUGGCUCCUCGUCCGCCUAAAAUUGAACAGAUAUUUGUAGAGAAUACCAAAGUAUUUGAGCAGAUUGUGGACCUUAUCUUGUAUUUGCUCACUUAUCUUACUGGUUGCAGACAGGAUCUUCAUGUGUCAAAUCCUGCAAUCCACUUGCAUUCAACUCUUGUUGCCACCAGUCUACAUUUACUACCGGCUUGUGUUUCUUCACAAUGGCUAGAUCUUACACAAGCUUUACUGCUUCACAGCAAGGUUGACAUGUUCAUGGAUGUGGUUUUUGCUGCAAUUCGAAGUGAUGUUAAGUUUCUCCAAACUGGGUUAUCAGCUGCAAAUUCUGACCUCUCAUUUAAUUCUGUUCCUAACUUCGAAGAGAGGCUGAAUCACUUAUGCCAGCAAUGUGAGGCUUCACUGCAGUUUCUCCAGUCAUGUUGUCAGCAAAAGUGUUUUCGUGAGCGUCUUGUUAAGAAUAAGGAGUUAUGUGGUAAAGGUGGCGUGCUACUACUGGCGAAAGCUGUUCUUGAUUUAAAUGUUUUGCCAGAUUCUGGUCAUUCCUCUGUAAUUGUGGCUGCUGUUUCCAGAAUGAAGUCUAAGGUUCUAUCUAUUGUAUUGCAUCUCUGCGAGGCAGAAAGUGUAUCUUAUUUGGAUGAAGUUGCCAGCAAUCCUGAAACUUUGGAUUUAGGCCAAUCUAUUGCAUUAGAGGUUCUUAACUUACUGAAGACAAUGUUCAGUGGAAAUCCCAAACAAUCUUCCGAGUGCUCUUCCAGGGUUUAUCCAAGAGGCCAAUUACAGCUCAAUGGGCUGCGUCUUGCUGACAUAUUCUCGGAUGAUUCCAAUUUCCGUUCUUGUAUUACAGCUCAUUUUACAGAAGUCUUGACAACCAUUUUUUCCCUUCCACAUGGAGAAUUCUUAUCUAGUUGGUGUUCGUCGGAACCUCCAGUAUGGGAAGAAGAUGCCUCACUGGAGUAUGAUCCAUAUGCAGCAGCUGCAUGGACCUUGAAUUUCUUUGUAUCGUUAAAACAACAGAGCCCAAGCCAGAUAGCUCCUACUUUCGCCCCUUUUAAUUUCCAUCGGGAAUCAUAUGCGUAUCAGAGAACAUCAUUAUUGGUCAAAGUGAUCGCCAACUUACAUUGUUUUGUUCCUGAUAUAUGCAAAGAGGAGAAAGAUCUCUUCCUCAACAAGUUUCUUCAAUGCCUGCAAAUGGAUGUUCCUAAACAUAUAGAUGUAUCAGCUGGUGUUGAACCUGUGAAAGCAGCCAUUGUUAAUCGUAACCUUAGUUCACUUUUGAGUCAUGCGGAGUCUUUGAUACCAAGCUUUUUAAACGAAGAGGAUUUGAGACUAUUAAGGGAGUUCAUUAAUCAGGUAGAAUCUCAUGUUAAGGCUGCUGGAUUUCUGGAGAAUCAGUAUCAGGUGGCUUGUACAGAAAGAUACUCACCUAUCGUGGAAGCUACUAACUAUAAUAACCGAGACAGCAAUUCAAAUGAGGAUUUAGAGAAGACUUUAAAGUCUCCCAAGGUUGAACAAUUGAAUCAGGGGAGCAAUGUUGUAAAUCAACCGCAUGAUGUUGGCCAGUUAAGUAGCACUAAUAAAGUUAAUUAUAAUGGAGAGUGGAGUAGAGACACAGAAGAAACUGAGAAAAAUAUUGAUAUUAGUGGGCCCGGUUUAAGUUCUACACGAGGAAAGGAACCUAUUGAUGAUAUGGUUCAUGAUACCCCUACCAAACAAGGAGCAUUAGAAUCCCAAAGGGAGGAAAAGAUGGAAACUGUAUCUAAUGAAGAGAACCAUCCAAAAAAAAGGAAGCGGACAAUAAUGAACGAUAAACAAAUUGUCCUUGUUGAGAUGGCACUCAAGGACGAACCUGACUUGCACAGGAAUGCUGCCGCGCUACAAUUGUGGGCUGAAAAAUUAAGUUCCCUGGGUUGUGAGGUGACGCCUUCCCAACUUAAAAAUUGGCUGAAUAAUCGUAAAGCUCGGAUGUCUCGUGUUUAUCGUGCUCUUUCUGAAGCUGACAGCUCUGAGCGACAAGGUGGUUCAGCAAUUCUUCCUUCAUAUGAUCCACCUGGUUCGACCCUUAUAGACGUUAGUGUCUCGUCCUUUACGAAGGGGAAUCAGAUAAGUGGAGCUGGCGAUACAUUAUUGCUAACAUCAAGUACCGAGAUCUCAAGGAUUCCAGUGGAAGCGCCCCGUGAAAUUGCAGUGGCUGAAUCUUCAAAUAUUGAGACGGGAAAAAUGGUUUCACUCUUGGAUCAAAAUGGCAACGAGAUUGGCCGGGGAAAGGUGUUCCAGGCUCAGGGAAAUUGGGGUGGAAAGAAUUUAGGUGAUUCAGGAAUAUGUGUUGUGGACAUUUUUAAUCUUAUGAUUGAUAGAUCGGCCAAGCUUCCGUACCCAUCUGAAUGGACAGGCACUUCAUUUGAACAAGCCAAAAAGAAUUUUGGCUCCAUGAUGGUAUUAUGGGAUAUGACCAAACUUGUUGAGUACAAAGGUGGGAAAAUUUCGGACUAUAUUGCUUUUGUAUAG